AUGGCACAUCAAAUUAAUCCUCAUCAACAAAAAUUAGCAGAGAAAUUAACGAUUCUCAAUGAUCGAGGAAUUGGAAUGUUAACGAGAAUAUUUAAUAUUAAAAAAGCAUGUGCUGAAACAAAAUCGAAACCAUCAUUUCUACUUGAUAAAAAUCUCGAAUCGGUUCUUCGUCAGAUACAAAAAAAAUUUCCAGCCGUUGACAAAAGUCAAUUUCAAUCACUUACAUCUAUUAAAACUGAUAUAAUCAAAUCACUUGCAAUAUAUUAUUUUACAUUUGUCGAUCUAUUAGAAUUUCGAGAUCACGUUACUGAUUUAUUAACUACUAUCGAUGCAUGUCAAGUUCAUUUUGAUAUUGCACUUAAUUACGAUUUAACAAAAUCAUAUUUAGAAUUAAUUUCAACAUAUAUAUCACUUAUGAUUCUUUUAUCACGUGUUGACGAUCGUAAAGUAGUUCUUGGUCUUUAUAAUAUAGCUACAGAUUUAACACAUGGUCAUGGUGAUGCAAGUUUUCCACGUCUUGGUCAAAUGAUAAUUGAUUAUGAACAACCAUUACGUAAAUUACAUGAUGAAUUUGUUCCUCAUGUACGUUCAAUUGGUGAUGCUAUACAAUCCUUAGCACCAAUAUAUGAUCGUCGUACAUGUAAAGUAUCAGAUUGGCGUGCAAAAACUUUACUUAGUUUACUUGCUACACCUCAAACAGCUCAUUUAAUGGAUGCAUCAGAAACUUUACCAUGUGAAUAUUUAUCACAAGAAACAAUUGAACGUUGGAUUAUCUAUACAUUAAUUGUAUGUCCACAACAAUUGGUUAUGAAUUCAAAAUGUAUGCAAUUAUUUGAAAAAGCUUUAUCGAAUAGUUUCGUUCAUGUACUUUAUCGAGAUGAAUUAUUAUUAACACAUCAAUAUUUACAUCAAAAUUUAGAUAUUUAUAAAUCAUAUAGACAAUUAAAAUUAACAGAAUUAUUGAAUGAUACAUUUAAAAAGGCAAUGACAGAACAACCUUUAUAUAGACGUGAAAGACGAAAAUAUAUUCGACCACAACUAAAAGAAUUGGCUUUAAUUUUUGCAGAUCAACCAGCGUUACUUGGUCCGAAACUAUUAACUGCUUUUACUGCACUAAGUUUAGCACGUGAUGAAAUCGUUUGGUUGUUACGACAUAGUGAAAAUUUUCCAACUAAACUUCAAAAAGAAGCAAAUAAAAAAACAACUGGUACAACACGAGAUGAUUAUAGUGAUCGAACAUAUCCAGAAUUUUUAUUCUAUAUUGAGGAACUUCGUCAUUUAAUUACAACAUAUUCUUCUGUAAUUAAACAAUAUUAUAUUGAAUGUUUAUCAACACUUGAUUCGAAUGAAUUACAAAUAAAUAUCAAAAAUCUUAAUAUGUCAUGUACUGAAGAUGAAUCAAUUUUAUUAACAUCAUUUUAUAAUACAAUAACAACAUUAUCAACAACAGCAAGUGCUGAUCUACGUGCAUUACGUCUUGACUGGUUUCGUAUGCAAGCAUAUACAAGUGUAACAAAAAAAUCAUCAUUAUCAUUAAUAUCACUUUCACAUAAUGAACAUUUUGCUCAAACAAUGAAUACAAU